AUGGCCGCCGCCGGGCACCGGACGCCGCUGCUCUUCCUCCUCCUGCUCGCCGCCGUCGCGCUGCUCGCGGCGGUGGCCACGGCGGACGACGCCAAGCCGACCAUCCUGACCCCGGUGGCCAAGACCCCCGUGGGGUCCUUCGAGGGCGACAAGCCGGGGGACGACGCCAUGGACGACGAGGACGCCGCGCCCGUCGGUUCCCCCAUCGGCACCACCAUGACCGAGCCCAAGCCCGAGGGGUCCACGCCCGGCGCCGCCGGGGGCGACGCGCCGGCGCCCAGCGCCGCCUCCUCCCUCGCGGCCCGCCUCGGCGGCGCCGUCGCCGUGGCCGCAGCGGCCGCCGGCGUCCUCGCCUUCUAAUGAACCUCCAUCCAGGGAGAUCAACUACGUACUCCGGUGCGGCCAGCUCCAUGCACGCGGGGUCGCCGGCAAAGGCGGAUCCAGGCCUUCACCCACACUCAUCGCUCUUCCAUUCAUCCUCUCUCUCUCUCUCUCUCUCUCUCUCUCUCUCUCUCUCUCUCUCUCUCCGUAUAUAUGUAUCUAACCACGUACGUACGCUAGCAUGGCAUGCACGACACUAUGAAACCGCGAAAGCAUACGAGUAAAUUAAAGACCGUGGUGCGUGCAACAUAUAGUUCCCCAAGGAAUUUUCCCAUGCUAAUCUCAUUGUAAGUUCAGCACAGCUUUGUUUUUGCUUGCCUUCUUCUCCAGUGGAGCAAAUUAACUAAGUUUCGAUUGUACAAGUAUAGUAGCAUAUGAUUAAUCAUCACUGAUUUAGUA